AUGUGGAAAACGACAAGAAGGAUUUCACUGUCUGGUAGAUUAUGUUGCUGUCUUAAGGACCCAUUGGAGAAUGUUGACACUUGGAGCGAAUCGGUUGACAAUGUCCUCACUUGUAAAACUGGUCAGUCAGCUUUUCGAGAAUUCUUGCAGUCAGAGCACAGUGAGGAGAACAUCCUCUUUUGGCUUGCAUGUGAGGAGUACAAACAAAUUAAGAAUGUACCAGAAAUGAUCUCUUCUGCCAACAGAAUAUACAGCGAGUUUGUCCAAACAGAAGCACCCAAACAGAUCAACAUUGAUUGUGGUACCAGGGAAAAUAUAACAAAGAACAUCUCCCAGCCCACGUUGACUUCGUUCGACUCCGCACAGAAACUCAUCUACUCUCUGAUGGCAAGAGAUUGCUACCCACGAUUCCUCAAGUCUGACGUCUAUCAAGCACUCCUGAGGAAAACGGACUGUAGGUGA